GGAGGAGACGCAGCUUCUGAGAACGUUGACCAUCAACACUGGGCAAGGUGUCAGCCACCAGGAUGUGGACGCUCUGGGCCCUGGCCAUCAUGCUGGCCGCACAAGGUGGAGCACUUGUCUCACUAGAUUCACCGCCAGUGGAAAGUCUUCCUUCGCUAUCCCCUGUGCGCUAUGUAGAACCUGUUCCUCUUCCUCUUCCACCCACAUGGGGUUUCAGAAGUCCCCCGCCCGAAAACACCUUUCCACCCAGAAAACAGCCACCUGAGACCCCAGAAGGCCAGUGUGCACCUGCCUCCAAGUACUUCCUGUCUGCUGAGAAACUCAGUGAAUAUCUGAAUGCCACUGUGCCCCCGGAGAUUGAGAAGCUGGUGAAGUGUGAGGAGGUUAACAUAGUCGGAGUGCUUGGGGAAGUGUUAGACACAGUGGAAACCUCUGGCCUGAUCAAUCUGGUAGAUAUCACUUCACUCCUAGAAAUGGGAGAUGGAGGCAUUGGUGGUAUCCUAGGCAUGGGCAGCAAGAGUGCCGACUCGCCAAAGCUCCCAUCCCUCUCCAAAGUUGGUGAAACUGCUGACAACCUGGGUGUGGGCAGCUUGCUAGGCUCUGGAGCAGACAAAGGUCCUGUAAAAGGGCUCCUUGACAGUGCUGAUCUCCCCAACCUCGAGUCCUUGAAUGAUGUGGCUGGAAGCGCUAAGAGCCUCAAAGAUUCCGCCAUGGACAAGGUGAAGAAUAUCCUGCCAACAGAAGCCACUGACGCACUCAAAGGUGCACUGGGAAACCUUGACCUAAAACAGUUCUUGCUGGGAUUAAAUAUUGAAACCGUGGAGACAGAGGCCAUCAAUUCAACUGUGACAGGCGAUGGGAUCGACAUCAUGGCCACAACUACUGCUACCAUUGGGGGAGAAGGCGUGGCUGGACCCAUCAUCACAGUAAUGGGAUUUCAAGUGCACCUGAAUAUAUCUCUGAAAGUUGUUAUUUCCACAAACAACACCCAGUGCAUCAGCCUUGAUAUCGAGGAAACAAAUAUCCAUGUCAAGAAAGUGAGCCUUCGGAUAUUAGAGACAGUCACAGACACUGCGCCUCUUCCUAUGCCACUGCCCUUGAAGGACAUCGUCCCUAAAGUGUUGUCAGUAGAGUUACAGGAGAACGUCGACAACUCAGAGUCCUGUGCCAUUGUUCUCAGCGAUUUCAAUGAGUGCAAAAACUCCACUGGCUUAUUCCAGUUCCACAUAAGAUCUUCAAGAACCUGCCCAGAAGGCCUUUCAAUCCUCUACUGCGUUAAAGCCCUCUUUGACAAAGCAGAAGUCCCCGUGCCUGGAGGUCGUCUCCCUCCACAUCCUAAAGAUGCCAAUGUUUCCAUAGCUAUGUCCAAUAUGAUGGUCAAGACAGUUGUCAAGCACAGUGCCAAGCAGAGCUCCAUCAAGUCAGAGAACCUGGAGGGAAGCAUUACCAAGAUAAACACCAACCUUAAGACAGACAGUAACAGCAUUCGGGUCGUUUACUGGACUACCAUAAAAAGGAAUGGUGAGGUGUUUGCUAAGGCAGAAUCGGUCUUAUUCGUCAAACUCACUGGCAAGAUUUCAAGUGGCAAAAUGAUAGUAAACGUUGAAUCUUCAAGAUCCGAGCACACUGUGAAUCCUCCUGAGUUAAAGGAUGCAGUGAAAGGACUGUUGCUCAAAAUUCAGAAGUCACUCACUUCUGGGUUGAAUGCAUCAACUGCAAACUGGAAUAUACCAUCAGGAGUACCCUUAUUUCCUGUAAAUGGCAAUGUUAUAGUAACACCAUCGAAUGAUCUGCUCAUAGCAAACUGAAUCUAGUGUAACUGAAGCCAGGCAAUGUUCUGAAUGGAAGAAAAAACAUUUUGUGAAACUAUGAAAUAUUGAGCCAAGGACAUCCUUAUGAUUAAGGAACCAAGUAGAGGGGCUGGGGAUUUAGCUCAGCGGCAAAGCGCCUGCCUGGCAAGC